AUGGCCACGAUAACCGACACGAUAACAGGAGCACAGAAACCCGACAGGUUGCAUUUCGUCAUCGUUGGCGGAUGUCUAGGCGGCCUGGCGACAGGCAUUGCUCUCAAGGUCCUGGGCCACAACUCUACAGUCCUCGAACACCACCCCACUCCCCUCCUCCAUGACCAAAGAGCCGACAUCGUCGCUGGCGGUCACGCCCUUGAGUUUUUCAACAGGUACAACCGCUGUCAGCGCAAAGACAUCUCCGUCCCCUCCACCUGCCGCCAAUACCUCGACCGCGAUGGCUACAUCAUCCACACCGUUACGGCUAGCCACGACAUGAGCUCCUGGGACCUAAAUUACUUCCUCAUGCGCGCCAACUACGAUGGAAUCUCCUCGCCCUCCGCGGCACGGUCCCCAAACAAGACGUCACACCCUCGACCCUGGUGA